AUGGCACAGACUCUUCUACCCGUACUUCUCUUCACAAUAUGCACGAUGCUGUUUUUCCAAGAUGCACAGGGACAACUGACCUUUGACAUGGCGCCUCCCAUCCAAUGGGCGCCUGUUGGGACAGACUACACCCUCCAGUGCCAAGCCAGUAUCCCGGGGGACUAUGCUGUCAACGUCUUCUUUAAGGAGGGACUUCUCAUCGACACUGAAGCGGAGCGGUACCAGAUAGUUGAGGAAGGCCUUGCCAUUCGGGAUGUGGGGAGGGAGGAUGGCGGGAACUACACAUGCGCGUCCCAGGGAGCCAUCGACUUCACCAUACAGGGACAGACCUUCAUCACACUCAUCGUGACAGGUCCGCCAUCAGCACCAGAAGUUCUUAGAUUUUCCUCAGUCAACACGGAUUCUCUUGAAGUGGAGGUUUCAGCCCCGGAGGAUGAUGGGGGAUCAACCAUCAUCAAUUACGUCAUCCAAAUCCGCCAAUCAGAGCAGGAGGUCGAAUGGCGGGAGUUCGUCAGCCAGAAUGCGGGACCAGUGGAGAUGACGGGUCUGCUCCCGGCGACUACGUACGAGGUGCGUGUGGCUGCGGUGAAUGCCGAUAACGGACAGGGACCGUACUCAGCCGUGGAGACGGUUACCACACUGGAUGUCGUGACCAGUGCUCUCUCAGAUGCCUCUGCAGCCACCGCCUCAGCCAUGGUUCCAACAGCCGACUCCUACUACACACCCCCACCCCCGGAGUCGGACAUGACCGUGGUGUGGGUAGUAGUGCCCACUCUGGUGGCCGUGACGUUGGUAGUGACCGGGCUGGUCGCGCUCGGCGUACACAAGAACGUCAUACACGUCAGGGGGCACAAAGUCACCGACGCAGAGAGAAGGGUACAAUGUCAGGCCCCCGGAGCGCCUACCAUCAACAGGUUCCCAGUCGUCGCACAGACAGAGGUUCAGAUCAACAUCGGGGAUCCGUCUGACCCGGGCGGAAGUGCCGUCAACGACUUCACCAUACAGCACCGGAUCGCCGGAAGUGACGACGACUGGGUGCUCUUCAGGACAAGAGACGGUGCUGGUGGGACGUGGGUGAUUGACAGCCUGGAGCCCGGCACGACGUACGAGUUUCGCGCCGCAGCCGUUAACUCCGACGGUACAGGGCCGUGGACUCCACUCAGCGAGGUCACUACGUUGGACCCGCCCACAACCACCGGCGCGACAACUACAACUACUACCGGUGCAAGUACCACCGGGUCUCCCUCAGACGACGCCGGGAACAGCCAGCAGCCCGGGGAUACCGCUACAGGGGGAGACGGUAACACCGACACCACCACUGAGCAGGCCUCGGGCGACCCAUCAGCCACUCCCGUAGCCGCCAUCGCCGCACCGAUCGCCGUCAUAAUCUUCAUCCUACUGAUUGUUGUGGCAUACUUACUUCUCCGAAGGACGUGGAAAAACAAGGGGCGAUGGGGGAAGAAGGGACGUGGAGUUCAACCGUCAGAGUCCAACAUGGAGAAGGGCGAGGAAAAGGCAACCCUGGAGAAUCACGACGGGAAGAACGACAAAGUCAACGACGCAGGAGAGCAGCCAAACGCACAGAACGGACAGUCCAGCCUACGGCCACCGCACAAGACCCACAUUAGAGCCUUCUCAGCGGCUUGAUAGUUUGGGUAGAAUUACCCAAAGGGAAUAAGAUUAUAUAUAUACGUUUUUU